AUGAGCUGCCAAGCAUUUGCUUCCUCAGACACCUUUGUGCCCUUGAAUUCUGACUCUUCUCCCUCUCUGCCUCUGAUAAUGCAUCACAGCGCUGCAGAGUGCCUGCAGGUCUCCAACCAUGCCACCAAUGUGGUGUCUACAGUCUGUGUUGUGAAUCUUGAAUUCUCAUCUGUUUUCUCUUUUCUUCCAACUCGUGUGUGUUCGUGCAUUGGCUUUGCCACAACAACUCUGGGACGCCUUGCAGGUCUGCACUACUCGGUGCCCUCCUGUCACUAUGGGAAUCAACCUUCCACCUACGGGGUCAUGGCAGGCAUCAAGCCUGCAACUCCAGAGAUGCUCUCAGCAAGCCUCUCCCAGACUCGAAUCUUACAGACAUGCAGCAUGCCCCAUCCCAACGUGGUAAAUGGUGUCAGCACCUUGCAAAGUGGUCUGGCCCCUUGCCUGUACAAAUUCCCGGAGCACGCGCUCAGUGCCAGCUCCUGUGCCCUUGGCCACGGCUUCGCUGCCGUGCCCCAGCCCCUCCUCACCGACGACCCCGCUGGCUCCGACUUCAAGCAGGAGUUCCGCAGGAAAGGCAAGGCCGUGGAGGAGCCUGUGGACAUGGACUCCCCCGAAAUCAGGGAGCUGGAGAAAUUCGCCAACGAGUUCAAGCUGCGGAGGAUCAAGCUGGGUUACACACAAACCAACGUUGGAGAAGCGCUGGCUGCCGUGCACGGCUCUGAGUUCAGCCAGACGACGAUUUGCCGCUUUGAGAACUUGCAGCUGAGCUUCAAGAACGCGUGCAAGCUGAAAUCCAUCCUGUCCAAGUGGCUGGAGGAAGCAGAGCAAGUGGGAGCUUUGUACAAUGAAAAAGUUGGAGUGAAUGAACGCAAGAGGAAGCGCAGAACCACCAUAAGCAUUGCUGCCAAAGAAGCCCUAGAGAGGCACUUUGGAGAACAAAGUAAGCCGUCUUCUCAGGAAAUUAUGAGGAUGGCUGAGGGGCUCAAUCUUGAGAAAGAAGUUGUGAGAGUUUGGUUUUGCAACAGAAGACAAAGGGAAAAAAGAGUGAAGACCAGUUUACACCAGAAUGCCUUCAGUUCUAUCAUCAAGGAGCACCAUGAAUGCCGGUGAAGCUUUUCCACGUACAGAUGUAGAUUUCUCUUCUGCUUUUUGUAAGUAUUGUAAAUACUGCGUUGUUAAAAAAAGGAUAAAAAUCAGUCAACCACUCAUUCCUCCUACAAGGUACCAGCUUCAGAUGUAGUGUUUGUGAAAGACCCAAUUUUAAUAUAAAGGGUUGGAAACUAAAUCCUGCAGUAUGUGUUUGAGGAGUUGGAGGUGUCUGCAAGGAACCCAUCACCCAUUGUUUAACUAGGAAGCCUUCCCAAAAACCUUCCCUAUGCUGUACCUUUUUAGCAUUUGUGGUAGGAGUUAAUGACUAAAUGUAUGUGUGUUGUACAUUCUGAAAGGUUGCAAGGCUUGGUGUCAGCAGCUGUAGCAUGGGAAGGAUUUAGCUGUCAUUAAUUAAGGCAAUUAAUUAAGAGGUAUCACACUGCUCCUACUGGAUACUCUGUCUCAGCACAACAUUUGACUGUCUUGAACUGCUGUCAAGUGGCUUGAUAAUGCUUGUUAUCAAAGGUAGUUCUUGCUAAUUUGUUACAUGCCUCAAAGUUUGGUUUGGGUAGGCUCAGCUAUAAAAACAGGAAUACCAUUUAUCUGACCUUAAGACUUUGUGGCCUGAGGGGAAGAAAAAUAAUUAUCUGGGGUUUUAUUACAUUGGUCUUUCUCUGUGUCGUACUUGUGAUUGAAACCAUGUGUGGACAUACUUACACCAGAGAUGGUGUGUUAAGCUGAAGAGUAUACCAAAGAAGAAUUGAUUGCACUGCACAUUCCUCCUUUAUUACACCCCACUAAUUGAAAAUAAUCCCUUAUUUGUCAUCCUCUAGCCUAGAGAUAAUCGAGGGGAAAAAAUACCAGUGCCAGAGCUCCACCUAUGAGGCAGGCACUUCGAAAACAGAGUUAAUGACUGUAGUACCCACCAGGGAUAGAUUAUCCAGCAUCUCAUCAGCCCUGCUCAUUGUUAUGGGAAUUAGCCCAUUACCAUAUAAGCAUUUUGACUGUUUUCCCAGGACUGAAAUUAAGUGAGUACAUGCAAGUAGUACUGGCCAGAUACAUUUUAUUUUUCCAUAAAACAAACCUGAUGAUUUAGAAAAUGUCUAUGUAAUAGGCCUACAGAAAGCCAAAGGAGUUUAAUGUUCAAGACCACUUAGGAGCAGCAUGUACAAGUUAAGUGCUCACUCUCUAGUGUACAUUAAAUUAUCUCUGAUACUUAUUACAGUGACUACAAGCAUAUUCAGCAAUGGAAAUCAGGCUCCUGGAUUUCUUAAAAAAAUACAUUUUUAUGGAUGAAUGCACCACUCUAAGCCCUUAACUGAGAAGAAAACUUCAAUUUAAUAACUCAGAGAGGAGAAACUGUAGCUAUGUUCUCCCUUCAGGCUGCUCUCAUCACUAGCACAGCUCACACACCAUAGCAGGGAUCCAAGGUGCAUACUUUUAUUCACCACAGGUUAUCAGCAGGUCAUGAACUUCACAAAAAAAGUUCAGCUGAGAGGAUCAGCACUCAACAAAGGUGGUGGCAUGCAUUGCUGUACCUUUAAUGUGACGUGGUCAAAUGUUAUGUAUGUUGAAAUUGCUAUCUGAUAUAUAAAAACUUUAUUUAUAUUCUAAAUUAUUUUCUUAAUUAUAAAAGGCUUUCUAGAAAUGCUAUCAGCCUGUACUCCCCAACCUCCUCAUCCAAUAAAGUAUUCCUAUACAUUUGGCACUCCAGGCAAUGAUUUGUAGUUCUGUUUGGGUAUCACUUUCCUCUCUUUAGCUGUGUCUCAUCUGAAGUGUGUUUUAGAAUGUUUUAACAGUUUUUUCCACAGCAGCCUCAUUCUAAUAUGGUGGUCUCUUGCCCCUCAAAAAGUCUCACCAGUGAAAGAUAAUUGCAGCAAGUGUAAAAUAAAAUGAAAGGUGACACAUACAAAAUUAUCCUGCAAAGGAAUGACAAAAGGCCAACUGGAGGAAGCAGCCACCAUUUAAACACAUCUACCUGCUACCACAGGAAUACAAACAAAUUAAAGUUAUUUAGAGAAGAAAAGCUGGAUGAAAUCAAUUUUAACUGUUGCAGCUGGAGCCAUUACUUACAAAAAGUGGCAAUUCUUUUUUUUUUUCUCUAGGAACAAGUUAAUUACCAUUAAUUUCUCUUGAUUGGGAGUGGAGACACAACCUGCAUAUAAGGCAGCAUUUCCAAGGAGUAGCUCCAUGAACCUGCAGGAGUUUAGCUGGCCACUCAGCCAAGCUGGGCUGCACUGUUUUUCUUUGAGAAACUUGUGGGGUUUUUUCUUGCUCUUUUCCCAUGGUAACUUUAGACAGGGUGUUAAAACCACGUUAGAGGGCAAAACAAGGUGUUAUCACAAGGUAUAAAUCUGAGGUUCAGCUGUCCCUGAAGAACUGUGAUGUGCCCUCGUGUGAGGGACACAACUCACCAAGCACAGGCCAAGCUGCUGAUCAAAGGUAAGGGGAAUCACUUUAAGUUACUCUCUGCUAGACUUAAUGUGUGUGUAUUGAAUGUAUAGAUUCUGCUCAGAUAUGAACUGUACUAAAAGGCUGAUGGAGCUAAGAAUAUAGAAUAGAAGAACUAGGAGUAAAUAUGGAAAGAAGCUUAAAACAAAACAAAAAAAUUGGUGGUUUUUAACAUGCUUGGGGAAAAAACAUCUGUGGAAAAAAACCAAGUGAAUGCCAGCAGUUCCUUUGUAUGAACAAGUUCUCAGAUGAGAAAGCCACUUAAAGCUGUUGUGUGUAGAGCUUGCAUACUGGAUGUACUUUAAAAUAGAAAUUGGAAGAGUAUUAGGCAAGGAAGCAUCCUUUACAUUCACUGUGUUCUCACUGCUUCCCUGGGAAUUGCUUCUGGGCACUUGAAGAGCAGGACUCUGGGUAGAGCCAAUUUUAGGUGUGUGCACAGCUAUGUCAUUGCUCCCAGAUGGGGAUUUAGAUCCAGUUCCUAUUUAGGUGUUAGCAGGGAUAAAGGAGGGUAAGGAUUGAGUGGUUUCCUUGGGUUUCACUCAAUGUGAUUUAAAAGGAAUUUGUAUCCAAGAAGGGGGUGCAAUUUUUUUAGACUGAUCCAACAUACUGACUGUAAUUGCACACACAUAACAAGCCUGAAAACCUACAGCACUUCUCACUCUGCUACCCAAGGAUUUUUACACAGGUUAGAGCUGCAUGGUUGAAAAGGUGACUUGUAACAAAUAAUGGGAUUGAUACUGACACCAGCCCUAGUUUAGCAGUCCUAAGGGCACCAAAAAAGCAAUACCUUUCUUCCUGUUUCUCAAAGACCCAGAGGAAAGAACUUACUACGGAAUUAUGCCCAAUUUUGACAGUUAAUAAAAGGAUCAACUGCACACAUCAUUCAGAAAGACACGAGUUUGGUGUUCAACCAAACUACAAUCAACCACUAACAUUUGAUCCCUGUGUUCUCAUUAUGAUUUCUCUUUCAAUACCACAGAGCAGUACUUGGGCACAAGGUUCCAGACAAGGGAAUGCAAACUUGAAAAAGUCUUUACUGAAUAUUGAGUCAAAGGCCCACAAGCAACUACAAUAAAUAUUAUGGUGCUUUAUAGCUCAAGUCAAAGGAAUGUUUAUCAGAGCUCAUGAAGAAAGCCCAGUAAGAGACAGAUGUGUAAGACUAACCCUACAGAGGACAAAGUCAUUGUGGAAUAAAAAGCCUUUUAUUAGAUUUUUACAAAAUAACUUGUAAAAAAAAAAUCACCCCAUAUUGGAUAUAUGCAAUAUAUUAACUUACACAUUCCUACCCACUACCUAAGAGAUUCAAUUUGUCCACCAUUUCUUUGAAAGAGGAAAAACACCUGCAAUUUUAGGUCUAAAACUUGAGGAAGGCUCUCCUCUGAAUUCUUUUUUGCUGAUUUCAGUCCUAAACAGUAGAUGGUGCAACAACAGUAGAUUCACUGAGGUUUUCUGCUGUGCUUUGCCUAGCAGCAAAGUCUCUCUAUGAGGUUUGUUCCCCCCUGUUUUCCUGGUUUUGGGAGGUAUUUUGCUUUUCUAUUUUUCAAACCAAGUUGAUUGUUGUUUCUGUUCAAUGAGCAGCAACACUAAAUCAACACUGAGGGAUAAAUAUCUCCAGCAGAGUCAGGGCUGAGGAACAUCACACCAUCUAGGAAGUAAUAACUGGGAACUGCAUUCUCAUUUUGUCUUUUUCAAGUAUCAACAGUUCUUAUUCCUUAGCACAAUGCAUAUUCCAGUUAAAGCUAGAAUUGUGUUGAUGCAGUUCAGGGACCAUAGAAAAACCUUCACAGAACCAGAACGCUUUUAUUAUAGUGUUCAGACAAGUAGUUCUCAUUCAUGAUCCAAAAUUUUUCUCAAAUCUAAUAUUUAGAUUUAGCUUAUCAAUGUGAUCAGUUGCAUCUUAGCAAACAAUACAAUUAUGCACAAUUAUCUUCCAUUAAGAAAUACUGUAAAAUAUAUACAAAUGUUGCUUCAGGCAAAUGUCCUUUUUGCAAGUGCACAAAUUGCAUUUCUGAAUGUGUGCAUCUCUCCAGCACUGAGUCCCAUCAAGUGUACAGAGAGGUCUCACCAAAGCAUUUGUGAAACCAUCUCAGUUAUUAAGUUUACUCACCUUUCAAAGACUCAUUCUGAAAGAAAAUCACAAAGGUACAAGAUUUAUAUACAUAAAGGCACAGCAAUUCUGUUGAAACCAGCUAAGUUACAGUACAAUAGAGUUCAAUCAGUGCCUUUCAUGCAACAAAGCUCACUAACAAAGUAAGUCCUCUUCCAGAAAAAUUAAAUGCAUAAAGAGUGUAUCCUUCCCUUCUGGUAAGAAGAA